AUGCAACUCGUAAGUAAAAUACCUUAUUUUAAGCAAUUUAUAAAUUUAUUUCAGACAAAUUUAUCAUAUUUACCAAACCGACCGUCGCUUCAUAUCCAAUUUCCCAACGCUUCAGUUCUCUUGGACGCGGCAUGUAACUUUGACGUCGUUAGUAACUUUAUGCCAGUCAGAUUGGUCAGCAAGUAAGUUUUUUGUCUUUUUGUAUUGUCGUUUUUUUGUUUUUAGGUAAUUGAAUUUGAGUAUUUUAGUCAAAAGUCGCAGUUAAACCAUGCAUCUGAUCCAAAGGACCCAAAUUUGGCCGGGUUGAAAAAGAUCGGUGGAGAAUUACUGAUUGAUGCUGUUCCAGAGGUUCAACCGAUGAAAGUGAGGGAAAUUUUUGACUUUUUAUUUCAAGUUUAGUGUUUUAUUAGGCAUUACGAGUUAAGAAAAGUGUUUUUUUACGAUUUAAGGUGUUUUUUUAGGUAUAAGAAUUUUGCAUUUUCAAUCUUACAAAUUUAAAAUAUAAUGGUUUUAAAUUUCAGCUUCAAAACAUAGAUUUUACAAAGAUAGAUGUCGUGUUAAUUUCAAGUUGGAUGAGUUUAUUAGCAUUGCCAUACAUAACUGAAGAGACAGGAUUUACUGGUGUUGUAUAUGCUACAGAACCUACAAAAGAGCUUGGAAGCUUGGCAUUGGAGGAACUUGUGUCAAUGAUGGAAGAUGUACAUAAGAAGAGUACAGAUUGGAAGAACAAGCCUUUCUGGAAGACUUUCGGCAAAGCCAAACUGAACGAUCCUAAAGCCUGGAAGGAGAUUUACAGCCGGGAACACAUGGAGAAGGCCUUGAACAAGGUCUCUUUGAUUAGUUUUGGGGAAACGAAGGUAAUAUUCGAGUUAUAUUGUUGUAGUUUUGCGUUUAGACUGUGAACGGGCUUGUCAGAUGUACAGCAUUUUCUUCUGGACAUUCGAUUGGAUCUUGUAAUUGGAUUAUUGAGUAUGACACUUGUAAGGUAAUGUUGGUUUAAAUGCUUUCGGUCUAAGUUUUUGUGAAACUGAUAAAAUAUAUUCUUAUAUUAGGAAUUUAAGAGUGAGAAACAUUAAAUUUUUACUUAAAAGUAUAAUAAACUAACUUUAGAUGGGAUACAUCACAAACAGUGCAGGCCGACCGUCACAUGUGAAGCCAGCACAUUGGAUACCGUUCAAAAUGAUUGAUAAUUUGAUAGUAACAUCCAUCAGUCGAUUUGCAAAUUCUGAUCCGAAGGCCAACGUUCAACGUUUGGCGUAUACGAUGGUAGAGACAUUGAAAGCUGGGGGAAAUGUUUUGUUUCCUGUCAAUCCAGUAGGCAACGUUUUUGAUAUUUUGGAGGUUGUUAUUAGUGCUAUGGAUAAUGUAAGUUGAAUUUACUUAGUUUUGUUGUUUUUUCGAUGAUUUCAAGUUUUUUAGAAAUAAUAGAGCUAUUAUAGUUUAAUCACAUUUAUUUUAGGCUAGAGUAUCUAGAGACGUUCCAGUUUAUUUCAUCUCACCCGUGGCUGCCAGUGCCUUAGCUUUUGUUAACAUCUUUCCUGAAUAUCUUGUAGAACAAAAGUCUCAACGAGUCUACAAUGCUGAUGAACCGUUUGUUUUUACUGAAGUGAGUUACUUAUUACUUUGUCAGCGUUAGCCGAUGCAUUAAUAUCGGGACAAACAAGGAAGGAGUUGAUGGUUUACAUGGCACUUAAUUCAAUAUUGUUUAAUUUGAAUAAGCAAUAAGUUAAUUUCAGUUGAUCAAAGAGAACAGAAUUAAAGUCUACAGCUCUAUUCAUGGUGCAUUUUCACGAGAUUUCAAGCCGCCGUGUGUUGUACUAACUGGACAUCCUAGCUUGAGGUUUGGCAGUGCAAUUCACUUCUUGGAAAUGUGGGGGAAUGACAAAAAGAACUCUAUGAUUGUUACAGGUAAUAUUUUUACAACUACAACUUAAAGUAUUUACUUUUUAAAAAUUUUUGAUGUUUUAAACCGUUUAUUAAUACAAGAUAGAUGUUUAAUCACAAGAUGUAAUGUAUAAAAUAUUAUAAAAUUUCUAGUAUUAACUUUGAUUUUUCAGACCCAGAUUACCCGUUGGCAGAUGUGUAUAAAGCUUUCAAGACCUUCUCUAUACCUGCUUAUGAGUUUCCAAUUGAUACUCGAAUUGAUUUUAACUAUUUUACAAGUAGCAUUUUACCCGAAUUGUGCCCUAAACAACUGAUAGUACCUGACACCUACUUGAGAGGGAGAACCGGGCUUACUGAUGUUCAUGUAGGUUGUGUUUACUAAAUUUUUGAUAUGUUUAUCUUAAAUUUUUAAAAUUUUCGCCUCUACAGUUUUUUUUUGUUUAAAAAUUUGUUUCAUUAAAUCAUUAUAUAUUUAGAUUUUUUUUGGAAUUUUUAUAAAAUGUAAAAUACGGCUUUUAUACUACGAGCGUUCAAAAUAUUGUUUUUAUUAAGUUGUAGAUCAAUACUAUUUUUUUUAUUAACAUGAUUUUUUCAGAAGAACAUUGUAACGUACAAGCAUGGUCUUCCGGUUGAUGUCUCUGGUGAUUUUGGUCGUAAACGUGCACUUGUUAUGCCAGAUGUACUUGGAAGUAUGAGGAUGGAGAACAAAAGGUUCAAAAAGGAUAUAUCAAUGAGCACUUUCAAUGGUUACCUCUCAACAUAUGACAAUGAGUUCUCACUUUUGGUAAUAUUUUGAUGGUUUUUUAAAAUUAAAAAAAUUUUUUACGUAAAAUAGGUUUGGACUUCAACAGUCAUUUUAUUGUUCUAUCAGGCUAUUCGAAUAAUUCUGUGUCUUUUUUGAAGCAAAUUUUUAAGGUUAGGGGGCACAAAUGUAUUUGAACAAAGUUGAGCCACACUUACUGGGGUAUUUGAUCGAACUACGACCUAAUAUUUUUCUUGAGUUACUUUACAUUACUUUAUGUUAUACUUAAAUUUUAGUGUGACACAUCAAAAGUAUCAUCCGAAGGUCUCAGGCCGAUAAAAGCUAAAUACAGUGGACAGAUCUCAGCAGAUACUCUAAUAUCAAAAUUGAAAGUUAAUGGAAUAUCAGCUGAUCACGGCCAAUCUGAUAUAGGGAAAUGCACGGUGGUCAUCGUACCAUCAUUAGAAGCUCAAGUGCUCAUCAAGAAUGGAGGAACUAAAAGUAUUAUCAGAUGCUCGAUUCUGGAGAAUCGAUUGCAGAUUCAGAAGAUCAUCGCAGAUUGUUUGGAGAAGGUUUAA